GUCAGGUUGACCAAUUCCAAUAUGGUGGCCAGCUUGGCAGGUCUACGGUUCCUGUUGAUGAUAUUGUUGUUCUGCGGGAUCAGGUACGGCGCCUGCAGCCAGGAAGCUCCGCAGGUCCUGGGGCUGCGGCUGGAAGACCCGACGGGCCUGGUGUGCAUGAAGAAACGGAUAAUCUCUGCGCCAGAAGGAGCCACGUUCAAGCUCCGUCUCUUCGGGGUUGUGAAUGGAAGCUGGCCGUCGGUGGCGUUCGCAGGGGCAGCUGGCGGAGCGGCCGGGGCAAUCGGCGAUGCGCCGGACCCCUGUCAAAAGGAGUCCAACCGCCGGGAUUCCGCCUUCCAGGUGAAGGGGAGUUUCGAGAAGGAUGAGGAGUACAGCGGGUUUCUGAUGGUGGAAGUCCAGCGGGAGAGCAUCUCUGGCGGCGAGGAGAAAUACCAUCACCUGUGUAUGCUGAAAGGAGAGGAAUGGGCAUCUGUGGGCCCGGACAGACUGCGGGUAAACACCGACAAGUGUCUCCCCGCGGAGUACAUCCCUCCGUGGGGUCUGGCCGUGCUCAUCGUGCUGCUGCUGUUGGUCUGCGGGCUGCUGAGGACCGUGAACCUGAGCCUGCUGUGGCUGGACCCGGUGGAGCUGUACGUCCUCCACAGCUGCGGCUCCGAGGAGGAGAAACGAGCCGCUAAGCGUCUGGAGCCCAUCAGGAGGAGGGGGAACUUCUUGACAUGUUCUCUGCUGUUCCUGUGUGCGGUGGGACACUCUGUCCUGGGUGUCCUCCUCUACCGGGCGCUCGGCUCCAUCGUCUCUGCGGUGUUCACCAGCGGCAUCCUCAUCUUCUUCCUGGCUGAGUUGGCUCCUCACAUCCUCUGCUCUGGUUAUGGCUUCCAGCUGGCACCGGCUUUGACCUGGCUGGCCCAGGUUUGCAUGGUUCUCACUUGCCCCCUGUCCUGCCCCCUGGGGCUGAUCCUGGACCUGGGUCUGAGGAGGGACAUCAGUACGUGUGGGAUCAGGGAGAGGGCCAUGGAGAUGAUCCGCACGAGUGUCAAUGACCCGUACAGUGAGUUUGUGAAGGAGGAGUUCAGCCGCGGGACGCUGCGCACUAAGACGGUGGAGGACAUCCUGACCCCUCUGAAGGACUGCUUCAUGCUGCCCAGCUCAGCCGUCCUCGACUUCUCCACCAUGUCGGAGAUCAUGCAGAGCGGAUACACCCGGGUGCCCAUCUACGAGGAGGAGAGGUCCAACAUCGUUGAAAUCCUGUAUGUGAAAGACUUGGCUCUGGUGGACCCUGACGACUGCACCCCCAUGACAACCAUCACCAAGUUCUACAACCACCCGCUGCACUUCGUCUUCAACGACACCAAACUGGACGCCAUGUUGGAGGAGUUCAAGAAAGGCAACUCUCACAUGGCCAUCGUGCAGAAGGUGAACAACGAGGGGGAGGGGGAUCCUUUCUACGAGGUGCUGGGAUUGGUCACCUUAGAGGACGUCAUCGAGGAGAUCAUCAAGUCGGAGAUCCUGGACGAGUCUGACGGCUACCUGGACAUGAAGGUGAAGCGUCCUCUUGCUCCGCUGGAGAUUCCUCUGGAGCCUCGCAGCGCCCACGAGGAGUUUUCUCUGUUCAAGCCUCCUGAGGGAGAACCCAAGAUCCGCACUUCUCCACAGCUGCUGCUGGCCACACACCGCUUCCUAUCCAGAGAAGUGGAACACUUCAGCCCACUACGAGUGUCUGAGAAGGUGCUGUUCCACCUGCUGCGCCAUCCCAGCGUCAACCAGGAGGUGCACUUUGACCCCAGCAACCGGCUGAGCCCAGGACACUACCUGUACACCCGCAAUCACCCAGUGGACUACUUCAUCCUGCUGCUGCAGGGUCGUGUGGAGGUGGAGAUCGGCAAAGAGGGACUGAAGUUUGAAAAUGGGGCGUUCACAUACUACGGCGUGUCUGCUCUGACGCUGCCGUCUUCAGUGCAUCAGUCUCCAGUGUCGACCCAGCGUCACUCUCCCAGGGAUCCGUUCGAGUCAGCAGAGGCCACCAGCCCGUCCAGCUAUUGUCCUGAUUACACCGUCCGAGCUCUCACUGACCUGCAGCUCAUACGGGUCACACGUCUGCAGUAUCUGAACGCUCUCAUGGCAUCACGCGUUGGCCAGAGUCCAGAUCCUCCUGAGAUCAAGAUCCUGCCCAACAGUCAGACCAAGCUGCUCAACGACAGAAACACCACACAAGAGUUUCCUGUAAACUUUUCAUUCUUUGAUACCAUUGAGAACUACUGUUAGAGUUUAUUUUGCAUGAGGUGGCAGCAGAGUCCAGGAGAGCUCCACAGAAGAGGAGGCUCAUGGGUAGUGCAGUUUCUGUCUGCCCGCUGUAAAAACAACAACAACAACAGCAAAAACCUGCGAUAAAGUAUAGAUUUUAGUUUGUUUUUAUUGACGAAUCAUCUAUGGCUGGAACGUAGUUAUUGGGUAAGACUGGAGUGAGAGUGAUUUUAUUUGUCUGUUGUGUAGAUCCUUUGCUCACACUUCUCAUGUCCAUCUCCAUUCCUUCACAUGCUUUCCAUCGAAUUAUGAUUUUAUGUUGUUUUAUACUCUUUGGACUAUAUUUAUAUAUAAUAUAAAAACAUAGGAAUAUAGCAUGGCAAGAGGAAGUAUGUGAACCCAUUGAAAGGAUCUGGUUUUCUGCAUUCAUUUUUAAUAAGAUUUAGCAUAAUUUUAAUCUAAAUCACAAGUAUAGACAAAUAAAAUGAACAUCAGCUAAUAAGACACAAACAUUUCUAGCAUUUCAUGUUCUUUACUGUAACUUAAAGACAAAUUUAAAAUGCUGAUCAUUCCAAAGGGGUCACUUACUGUUUGUUGCCACUGUAUAUAAAUAUGCUUUAUUUUUGUUUGGCGGUGCCUUUCUUCUAGGCUUGACCUUCCGUAUUAAACUCAUUGCAUUGCCAUUCCUCACCUUUGCCUGUCUGAGUGCCAAAGCUACAUGUGUGAUUUCUAUGUGUGUGUUCUCUUGUGUGUACCACAGCAUCCGUCCGUUUACGACACUAAAACAUUGAUUCAAAGCAAAUUUGCACAUUUGGAUUACGUAUCAAGCUAUUUUAAAAGAUGUGAGGUGCGUCCAGAUUUUUAUGCCUUCAUCUCACAUUGCUGUCACACACACACAGGUGUGUGUGUUGCCAAAAACUAAAAGUUUAGCUUUGAUCUAUCAGUGGCUGAUCGGUGUGGAUGCUGUAAGUUAGAAAACAAACAGGGAGAGGACUUUAAAGUGGCUGUGGGACUGCUUCCACAGUGUUUUACUUGCUAGCAGGGAGGCUACUAAUAAUUACUUUCUCUGCAAAGUAAUCUAUUAAUUUGUUUCUUGAUUAAUCGAUUAGAUAUUUAGUCUAUAAAAUGAUGACAAGAUGGCAACUGUCUUGUUUUGUCUGCAAAGAUGAUCAGUUUAUUAUCUUAGAGGAAAGAAACCAGAAAUUAUUCAUAUUCAAGAAUAUAGUUAAGAUCUCCUUUUAAAACUUAAACCAAAUAAAUUUUCAAUUAGUUGACAACUAAUCGAUUAACUAAUCGUCGUAGUUCUGCUAGUUAGACUUCCGAUAGAUGCCUAUAUGCAUCUGCAGCACAAAGCAGUCUUGUUCUUGAAGUCGGACUGGUUCGUCGUGAAUUGUGGGUAAAUUCAGACUUCUAAUCUCCAUACUACCAUACUGCACAGUGUGCCAGAAUAAAAUUUAGUUUGUCCCAACACACACGAUGUCAAAUGCAGUAUGCUGAAAAUACCAGGAUGUCCUCCUACAUUUAGAAUGCUUUUCUGGCCAUUCUGACCCACAGUCCUCUGUACAGUUACAUCAGAUAUGUCACAAUGUCCAUUUUACACAAGCUAGAACUGCUGUGAGCUCACAGAUACAUGACAGCUUAUUUAAUACCGCAGUGGUCAAAGUUUAGUACUUUGACAAAGUAGCAUGCCCCAAAUGUAUGCAUACUGCAUUAAACGGUAGUACUUUGUGUGGGUAGAGGUAGUAUGUAUCAAAAGCAAAAAGAUGAAGUAUGCAAUCUGAAAUGCAGUCUUUUUCUUAAGUUCUGCCAUUAGGAAGAAUUACAAGACCUUUUUCAUUCAGUGAAGAGUAACAAACUCUUCUUCAGGAAUUACUUUCAGCUUGUAAAGUUGUAUUCAUUCUUUCAUGUCAGCUGGUGUCGGCCAUGUUUCAUGGUGUCGGGCAAGACGGCAGAAGAAACAAUUUAUCAGUUGUGUGACCUUAAAGGUUCACUACGUCAGAGCUUAUUCAGAAAAGGGAUGUCCAUCUCCCAUGAAGCUCAUUCCCUUGCUUUAGAAAAAGAAUCUGACGAGUUUCAAAACUCAUUUAAGGAAAAUAAAUUAGAGGGUUUUUUUUACAGUUUCUAUAAAGCAUCACUUUGUAGUUCAAAAAGCAAAUAAAAAUACGUUACAGAAACAAGGCUACUGAUUGUUACAGCAGAAACAUCGACUUAUUUUUUAUGUGUGCGAAAGUAUCCAGUGGUUGGACCCCUGUUUGACGGUGUAAAUAUUUUCUAAAAGCAAAUUUAGACCCCCUUCCUACAGCCCUGCCCUCUCCAGCAGCUUUGACAUAAACAGGAUGCGUCGACCAAGACACUCACUAGCUGUGUUUCCAUGACAUGUUUUUAUGCACACUUUGAAGUAUCGCGUUAGCAAAAGUUGGCUUCUAAUCGACCUGACAAUUACAUGGAAAGAGUAUUCUCACACCUUAUCAGUUAUCCUACAUAUUGGAGUUGUUUAACAUUCCUCUGCAUGUUCAUGUCUGUUUGUUUUGCCUAUGAAUGUGUGUGUGUGUGUGAGUGUAACACACAAUGAUACUUCACUAGUACAUAUCAGCAAGAAUCCAGUCUUCACUCUAUUACUCAUAUUGUAUGGUCUAAUGUGCAUUUGAAUCAUCUGUCAGUCAUUGUUGCUUGUGCGUAAACAUGUGGAAAAUGUCAGAAACGGCCUCUAAAUAACCUCUGUGUUCCCUGAUAUUCAUAGGCAAAGGUCACGAUGAACAAAACCAGUAUUUAAUGGAAAGGUUUGGAUUGUUUCAAGUCCAUCUUAAUGAAGUGUUCACAUGGAAAAUGAAGGCUGAAUCAUUCAUUCUGUUCUGGCGAUGAAUCACAGCCUAACUACACUGUAAAACUUAUGGGAAUGAAAAAAACGUAUCUACAGCUUGUUCUGUGCAGAACUGCAAGUGAAAGUGAGGACAAACUGUGUAACACUCCCAGGAGAAAAAGGUUUAGGUAUGGGGCAGUCAUUUUUGGAUCAUCUUUCCCGGAGGGCUUAACUACAGAUUUGCGAGGACCUGAAAAAGAUGCGAAAAAAAAACUCUUUUCUUUGAACUAAUCUCAUUUCAGUUUGCUGCUUUGGAGUGUAGGAAUGAGACUGUAAUGUCAUCAGAAGGUGGUGGUAUCAGCUACAUGGCUGCAAUAAACGGAAGAAGAAGUCAGAAAUACUAUUGGUUUGCUAACUGCUAAAAAAACCUGGAAGAAGAAGAAACAAACUUUGUCCAUCUAUGACAGAAAAAUGGAGACAAAUCUUCAGGAAAGUUGGAAUUAUUCCCUCAUGUCGGCUGGUAUCGGCCAUGUUUCAUACUGUCCAGAGAUGAAGACGAUGAAAGAAACGGCUGAUCAGUGUGAGUGAAAUGUUCUUAUUGUCACUCCUUAUUUGGAAAAUAUGUUUCCAUCUCCAGUGAAGUGCAUGAACACUUUUCAAAGAAAACACCUUGAGUGAGUGUUAAGACCUUGUAAAAUUGGGAAGAUUCUUUCAAAUUUUGCUGUUUCCAUUGACUUAAUGGAAUUCAGAUAUAUGCUAUGAAAACAUAGCUAGUGUUACAUUCAAGUAUGUUUCAUCACUUAAAUCUAAGCUGGAUUUAUGGUGUGCUUGAGCAGCUUGGAGAUGUUAGAUAGCGCUUAAAUCCUCUCCAACCACAAUAUUCUCUCUCUCUGAUCCCACUUCUGCUUUUAACAUUUAUUACUCAAUUUUUUAUAUCACUUUUCAUAUGAAUAAGCCAUUGCAGUGCUGAAGAGUUUUGUCUGUCUUCUCCUUUAGGUUUCUCCCUUCAGUGUGUCAUGUAGCUGCUUUUAUGCAUGUGUAAGUUCUGAAAACUUACUAAGCCCAACCACAGGGACUUAUUCUCCCCCACAGAAAACUCUGCUCCUCACCUGCCUAAGUGCUCUUCUGAAGUCUUUUCUAUCUAUCUAGCAGUAGUGCCCAUACUGGACUUGUAACCCUGGCCGUUGGUGUAUGGAUUCAUCUGGCCAGCGUUGUGAAUAUCAACCAUUUAUUCACUUUAACUGAAUCUACUUGUGCAAUCAUCCAUCCACCUGCAAGUCAUGGUUUCACAUAGCCCUGGUCGGGAGGCUAAGCAGCGCGACUUGUAGGCCAUUGGAGGGAAGACGCAUGAUAGACGGACUGACGUCAUGGCUACACAAGGAAUGAGAAACGGUCACAAUUCAGAAAGCAAAAGAUCAGAUUAGAUGGAGAGAAAUGAUCUACACUGAUUGGCAUGGCGAUUGAUUGAUUGAUGUCACCAUGGAACAUAUCUGUAUAUUAACCACUUAGCAGCUAGUUUGGCCCUCAAACAACGAAUGAGCAGCUGCCUCACAGAGCUUCAUCUCUAUACUCGAGGACCUGCGGUAGAAGUAACCACCCUCACCUGUCUAUACCUCAGUCUUCCUACGCACACAUAGUUUGAGGCAUCUUCCUGUUGAACAUCUCAUUGACUUUCGCUGAACUUCACCAUAAAUUUUGCACAGAACAAGAGUAGUGUGGAUUUUAUUCCCUUUCAUUCAGUGGAUUUGUUUAAGCGCGUAGUCGAGGCAGAUGGUCUGUAGCUCUGCAAGAAAAAUUAUUGCCAAGGUCAACUAGUCUGCUGUUUGUUUUCUGGAUUCAGGUGUUUGAUCUAUUACAUGUCAGAAAGUCCCAAAGUGCAAAAGAACAAAUUCCUUGUUUUGUCCACAGCCCAAAGAUAUUCAGCUUCCUGUUAUAGAGGAGAAAAGAAGCUGCAAUCACACAAUUUAGACUUCUUUUUUCGGAAGUAAUUCCUCAGACCAAUUCAUCGAUUAUCAAAAUGAUUGGUGAUUAAUUGAAUAGUUUGCAGCUUAACUGAUUAAUUGUUGCAGCUUUGAUGGUCUUCACAUCCAGCGUGAAGAGAUGGACUAAUAUGUUAAGGUAGACUUGAAAAUAAUCCAGACCUGAACUCUAAAGGAUAAUUCUGCUUUUUUCCAGCUUGGCGUAUUUUCCAUUUGUGUGUUUUUAUGGAUCAGGGUAACUUUGCACUCUGUACCUCCUUUGAAGAACACAAGAGAGCUCCCUGCAGGUUUCCAAAAAACAUGAAUCAUUUCAUUUUUUGCUUCCAGCUAGCUUUAGUGACCAUUUUGCUAACUGCAUGAGUGAUAUCUGGAUUUAAGAGCGCAGAGUAACUUUCUGAAAUGUUUUUUUUCUUUCUGCAUGUACUGAAAGACAGAUGAUGUACCCUAAAAAUGCAAAGUUGCGUGACCCAUGGAGCCACUUUAAUGGUAAUACGGCAGCUUAAAUAAAGCGGAACGAUCCUUUAAGAAGCAGCAGGGUUGUUUAGCAGUCAGCUCUGCAUCAGCUUUAUUACAUUGCACCGUUUGUCUCUUCGUGUGUUGAGUCGUUCAGUGUUAUCACUCUUGCAUAUAUUGCCGUAUUUCAGGACUUUUGAAAAAACAUUUUGACAAUGUGAUUCUGAGUAAAUAUUUUUCAGCUGUUUCCUUAUAUUAUGUUUUAUUAAGUUCAUUUCUACGGUAUCAAAUGACUGAAUGUAAAAAGAUCGUCAUGACUUUGUGCUUCUUAAACGGAUUGAGAGAAAUGUUUUGAGUGGAGGCGUUUGACCAUGUUAAGAACUGUGUUUUAAUAUAUGACUGACUGCUUACAUAGAGUAUUACUGCAGGAUGUAGUUUAUAGGUCUCAGUUUUCAGGUACAACACCGCUGUUACCACAAACAGUUUAAUCAGCUCCUCCUCUUUCUGUCCAGGUUACAUUUGUAUAGAAACUCAGUUUUAUUCUAGUUUUUUUGGGAAUGCUGCCAGUUUUGGGUUCAUCGAGACUCCACUGCAUUUAACACUUUCAGUAAUUUCUUAGGAAAUAAACUCGAAUCCUGUUCUAAA